GAGAGAGAGAGAGAAAGAGAGGGGAAAAAAAAAACCAGUAGACUAAUGGCAGAUUCCGCUUCAUCGAGUCUCUUCACCGCUCCCUCUCUCAAUAAAUCUUCUCUCUCAUGGACCGUCCCUCUCUCCUCUGCCUUCGGCGUCACCGCCGUCUCUCUUCCUCGCCGCAGCAACCGCCGGCAGCAGCGGUUCUUGGUGUUUGCAAUGGACGCCAAACCGACGGUUCUCGUAGCCGAAAAGCUAGGAGAGGCUGGACUUAAGCUCCUUAAAGACUUUGCGAACGUUGAUUGUUCGUAUAAUCUCAGUCCAGAGGAGCUCUGCACCAAGAUCUCGCUUUGCGAUGCGUUGAUUGUUCGGAGUGGAACGAAAGUUAGUCGCGAGGUGUUCGAGUCUUCUGGUGGAAGAUUAAAGGUUGUUGGAAGGGCUGGUGUGGGGAUCGAUAACGUGGAUCUGGCUGCGGCGACGGAGCAUGGUUGUCUUGUGGUUAAUGCGCCGACGGCUAAUACGGUUGCGGCGGCGGAGCAUGGGAUUGCGCUUCUCACUGCUAUGGCGAGGAAUAUCGCGCAGGCCGAUGCGUCUAUCAAAUCUGGGAAGUGGCAACGGAACAAAUAUGUUGGUGUCUCCCUUGUUGGUAAAACACUUGCUGUCAUGGGAUUUGGAAAGGUUGGAUCGGAAGUUGCCAGGCGUGCCAAGGGGCUUGGUAUGCAUGUAAUUGCACAUGAUCCAUAUGCUCCGGCAGACCGUGCUCGUGCAAUAGGAGUGGAUCUUGUGAGCUUUGAUGAAGCCAUUGCAACUGCAGAUUUCGUCUCACUUCACAUGCCUCUUACUCCUUCUACCUCAAAGAUUCUCAAUGAUGAAAAUUUUGCAAAGAUGAAGAAAGGAGUACGAAUUGUUAAUGUUGCUCGUGGAGGAGUGAUUGAUGAAGAAGCUUUAGUGAAGGCAUUGGAUGCUGGCAUUGUGGCUCAGGCUGCACUUGAUGUUUUCAUGGUAGAACCACCACCACAGGACAGCAAGUUGGUACAACAUGAGAAUGUUACUGCAACUCCACAUCUUGGUGCUAGUACUAUGGAAGCGCAGGAAGGCGUGGCUAUUGAAAUUGCUGAAGCUGUUGUAGGAGCCCUAAAGGGUGAGCUUGCUGCUACUGCGGUGAAUGCCCCCAUGGUUCCAGCUGAGGUUCUGACGGAGCUGAAACCAUUUGUUGUCCUUGCUGAAAAGCUUGGCAGACUUGCUGUCCAGUUAGUAGCAGGUGGAAGUGGUGUGAAAUCCAUAAAAGUGACAUAUGGUUCUGCUAGAGCUCCUGAUGAUCUCGACACAAGAUUGCUUCGUGCCAUGAUCACAAAGGGUCUGAUCGAGCCUAUAUCCUGUGUCUUUGUGAACUUGGUGAACGCAGAUUUCACCGCUAAGCAGAGAGGACUCCGAAUAUCUGAAGAACGAAUCCUUCUAGAUGGCUCACCAGAAAGUCCACUCGAGUUCAUCCAGGUUCAGAUUGCCAAUGUGGAAUCAAGAUUUGCCAGUUCCAUUUCAGAGCUUGGGGAGAUCAAGGUAGAGGGACGGGUGAAAGAUGGGGUACCACAUUUGACAAAGGUUGGAUCUUUUGACGUGGAUGUGAGCUUGGAAGGAAGUAUUAUCCUCUGUAGGCAGGUUGAUCAGCCCGGUAUGAUUGGGAAAGUGGGGAGCAUUCUGGGCGAGGACGGUGUUAAUGUAAGCUUUAUGAGUGUUGGAAGGAUUGCUCCACGAAACCAAGCUGUGAUGGCUAUUGGAGUAGAUGACCCACCCAGCAAGGAGACUUUGAAGAAGAUUGGGGAAAUUCCUGCCAUAGAGGAGUUUGUUUUCCUUAAGUUGUAGUCUGGCUUCUUGUAUAACUGCAUUUUCAUAUGGUACCCAAUUUUGAUAAUUGUUUGUGUUAUGAGCGAGAGCUUUAGCUUGGGAAAAUAAAUAAUUUGGCUUUGUAAUGUUUAAAUUUUAUUGAGUUGCUAUUGUUGUUUAUCAAUUCGAUUGCUAGCAAUGGGUUUUGAAUGCCCGAUCCCUCCCAUUUCAUAAAUCAACUUUCUGAUUUCCGUGUUUUA